AUGACCUCGAAAGAUUCAUCUUUUUUUACGGAGAGAGAAGGAUUUAAUAAAAAUCAAAAACUUGAAAGCAAUUUAUACCCAUCUCAUUACAAAGGAUAUUCAUUACUUGAAUUAUGUUGUUAUUACGGUGCAGUUGAUUGUUUCAAGUUUUUAAGAACAAAAUUCAGCUCAGAAAUAACUGAAAAAUGUCUAGAAUUUUCAUUUUUAGGAAGAAACAAUGAGAUCAUGAGUGAAUGUUUGAAAUAUCAAAAACCAAAUUAUAAAUGCAUGGAAUAUGCAAUUAUUUCACACAACAUUGAUUUUGUUACAUUCUUGAUGAAUGAAUACAAUUUAGAGAUCGAUUUAAUUGAUUGCGGAAAUUACAACAAUAUUGAAUCCUUUUUAGUUUAUUUCGAUCAAACCAAUGAUAUAAACAAAUGCUUUGUUUGUUCACCGAUGUUUAAUAUUCCAUCUUUUUUGAAAUACCUCCUUUCACAUGGUGCAAAUAUCAAUGACAAAAAUAAAAAUGGACAAACAACACUUCAUAUUGCAGCAAUGCAUAAUAAUAAAGAAACUGCUGAAGUUCUCAUUUUACAUGGUGCGAAUAUCAAUGAAAAAAAUAAGGCUGGAGAAACCGCACUUCAUUAUGCAGCAAUGUAUAAUAAUAAAGAAACUGCUGAAGUUCUCAUUUUACAUGGUGCGAAUAUCAAUGAAAAAGAUGAAGCUGGAGAAACCGCACUUCAUAUUGCAGCAAUGCAAAAUAGUAAAAAAACUGCUGAAGUUCUCAUUUCACACGGUGCGAAUAUCAAUGAAAAAAAUAAAAAUGGACAAACCGCACUUGAUAUUGCAGAAUGGAAUGAUAAUACAGAAACUGAAGAAGAUGAUGCAUUUUAUUAG